GACACAGAAAGGCCACUGGACGGAGCCGGAACCCAGGGCCUUCUUGCUGUGAGGCGACAGUGCUAACCACCACACAUUUUAUUUUCUCUUUUAAUGGUAAACACCAAUGUAGCCUUUUUGAUGAAGGACGUAUUACAAAUACACUGGCAUAUGCCAUUCGACUACAUGUUAUCCAUUGCAUGGUACAUCACCGUUGUUCUGGCAUGCGUUCCGUCCGGCAUUGCUUUUGGAGCGUUGCCGGAAUGUUAAUGAGACGUUCUCCCUUCUCUAACACCCCUCUUGCGCGUCUUGCGGCCAGAUGUUUGGUCUCCUCGGAGCGAGCUCUUCUUCCCCUCUGACAUUACGCGCCGCGCUGAAUCUCACUUUUUUCUUUCUUUUUUUUAACACACUCACAUGGGUACCGCUACGUGAGACGUUCGUGCGCGGGUUGAAAUAGGAGGCGCCAUCUUGUCGGAACAUUUGGUCACACAAGUUUUUGGAUCUCGAGCGCAGUUGAGCAACGAUGGGACACUCCGAAAGAUGCCAAGAUCUGGACACCUACUUUGAUAAGGUUUCUUUAGAAUGUAAGCAGUGUCCUCCAAUUCCAGGACAUGGAAUAACCCCCAACUGCGGCUAUGAUGACCAGGGUGGGCGUCACGAGCCCCCCCACAAAGAAUGCAAAAACGGCACCUUUAACGACGGCAGGAGCGCACAUUGCAAACCUUGCGCUCGGUGCCCGCCCGGGUUCAUCUACGCGAGCCCGUGCAACACAACUUCAGACACCGAGUGCCAAGCACCACGAGGGACGACCGGACAUCCCCUCACAAUUCAAACCAAACCAAACCAAGCAACUGCACCCACUCCCUCCCCCCCAGAGGCUCCUGGUGCAGGAAUAAUAUGGGCACUAGCAUUUGCCAUCUUUAUUGGCAUCGCACUCGGUGUGGUAUGUGCUUGUCUAUUCUGGAGGCGGCGGAAGAGAGGUCAGCACGGAGCGUUGGGUUAUCCCAGAAGAUCCAUCAACUCGGGGUUCUCUCCCCUCUCUGCUCCACCUCAUAGCAACGAUUCGGGACACGUUCUGAGUCCCGACAUCCAAUCGGCGCCUUUACAGACGGUGCUGGACAACCUGGACGUUCUGGAAGAGCUCGUCGUUUUGUUGGAUCCCGAAAACCAAGGAGUAAAGAACACCAAGCACCUGGCGUCUCAUUGUUCCUUCCCCGCCACCUGGAUUACAUACAUCUACUCAAUGAAGGAGAGUAAGAGCCCCUUGAAAGCGGUGUUGGAGGCGGUCAGCAGCAGGCACCCCGACUGGACGGUCGGCCACCUGGCCGAGCGCCUCAAGCUUAUGGAGCGCAACGACGCCAUCGCAGUUCUCAGCAAACUGGGAGUGAGUGUGAUGCAAGUGUAACAGACAUUUUGAAUAUAGUGAACUAUGGUAGUGAUUAGAGACAGCCAUUGACUUGUAUCUAAUGGAACAAACCAAGUUGCAUUAUGGGGAGUUUGGGUACUAAUUUUCUUAGGGCAUCGAGAGCUUCAAUUUGGACUUUUCUUUGGGAUUUCCUCAAUAGGAAACAUUUAUAGCAGUGUGGCUCCAACUCAACUCUUUUUUUGUCCCUUUUUUUUUUUUCAAGUACCUGCAUUAGUGAACAUAUUGCGCUGAUAAAACGUAAUUUGUCUGCAUUUAAGCUGAUGAACUGUUUUAUUCAAAACAUUUUUACAAAAUCUUAUUUACACAAAUAGUGAGAUACAAUUGUUAGCAAAACAAAUUCAACUUUCUCCACUUGUUAUAUUUAUGAGACAACAGUGAGGGUGGGGGGGGGGGGGAGGGACGCCUCAUUAUAAGAAAAAAAGGAAUGUGAUGUUC